UAUGCAGGCCGCAUCGUCACGAUGGAGGCUAUGCAGGCUGGUUUGGAACUCGCGGCAAGUUAGCCGGCGAUACUACACCGGCAGCUACGCGUCUUUUCCGGCAAAGACGCGGCCAUGGCACGCUUCACGUGCUCCGUCAUACAUGCAUCUUCAAACACGCGGAGCAAAGACCAGAGUGGAGGUAGAUCUCGAUAAUAUCCCUCAAGGUAACAUUGGCGGGCCCAUGUUGCCUCCAAUCGACGAUGAGCCGGAAUACCCGCCCUUACUGCAGCAAGUGCGCAAUAGCAUGCUCAAGUUCAAUCACUGCGUUGUAUUAACUAGAGUCGGAGGGUUCUACGAGCUGUAUUUUGAACAUGCAGACGAAUAUGCACCGCUUUUGAAUAUCAGAAAGUCGAAGAAAAGACCGCUCAAAGGCAGCAAAAAACCUGCAGUAUCCAUGGCGGGGUUUCCAUUUUAUCAACUUGAUCGAUAUCUCAAGAUACUGGUACAGGAUUUAAAUCGACAUGUUGCAAUCAACGACGAAUUCCUCAAUGAUGCUCCUAAAAAGGCCAAAGGCGAGUCUCAAUACACCCGCAGAGUCUCCCGCAUUGUCACCCCCGGAACCCUAAUCGACGAGCAUUUCAUGGACCCCUGGGAGAACAAUUAUCUACUCAGCAUUCAUGUCGACCCAGAAGCUCUUGAGCAAGAGAAGGCUGUCAAAAUCAGCCCUGGCAGUUCGAGUGUCUCGUCCGUACUCAAUCUUCCGCGCACACCAGUUGGACUAGCGUGGAUCGACCUAUCCAGCGGCGAUUUCCUGACUCAAAGUACGGACAUUGCCUCGCUUCCCUCCGCAGUAGCACGGAUUAGACCACGAGAGAUAGUUCUGGAUAGCGUGUUUGAACAGAAGGAGUAUUCUCAGAUGGUCUCCAUCCUGCAAGAAGAUGGGCACAUUGUCACCUUUCAGGAACCUUCGGCGCAGCCUCUUUCCAUGUCAGAAUGGGUACCAAUGCUGGAGGACGUGGUGGGAGAAUUCGAUGCAGAAGACUUUACCUCGAGUGAAGUGGCUGCUGGUGGUUCUUUACUGCACUAUGUGAAACACCAACUUCUGGGUUCCAGGACGCAGUUGCAGGCUCCUGUCCGGCACCAGGCGGAAGACCACAUGAGUAUCGACAAGAACAGUCUCAGAGCACUGGAAAUCAGAAGCACUAUACGCGAUGGCACCUAUGAAGGUAGCUUGCUGCAUGCCCUCAAAAAGACGGUCACGAAGAGUGGUACCAGGCUUCUGACGCACAGACUUUCUGCACCUUCCAUGUCGUUGUCUACUAUCAAUGAUCGACUAGAUCUUGUAGAAGAGAUGAUUGACUAUCCCCAACUUCGCCAGGAAGUGAUUAUGCUACUAGGGAUGACUUUCGACUCACUCCGCUUGGUUACCAAGUUCACAGUUGGACGCGGGGAUGCAGAUGAUUUGAUGGAACUUUCCAAGACCAUAAGUGCAACAGCCGAUAUUCUAAAGUUACUCAAAGAGCAUUCCGCAUCUCGGAACACAAUUCCUAUGGAUCCAGAGAAUAGAGCAAUCGAGACCCGCCAACGAGAAUGUAUGCCGGCACUACAAAGGCGGUUCGUCCUAGACAAACCUCUAGAACUAGCCCGUCGAAUCCAGAACGCAAUUGACGAAGAUGGCUUAUCUGAAUAUCAUCGACUAGAGGAAAACGAAGCUGCGGCCAUAGAGGGUCUUGCUCAAGAUGUGUUAGGGAGAGAAGCUGGCGAAGAAGACCUGAAACAGAUGCCUAAACGUGUACAACCCAAGCCCCAGUUAAUUGUGGGAAGCUUUAAAAGCGCUACAGACGGACGGGAUGAUAUCUGGAUAAUGAAGAGAGCUGCCAGCAAGACUCUGAAGAAUCUGCACGAUAAGCUCGAUGCUCUAGCCGAGGAGAAAGUGGAACUAGAACAAGAAUUGAAGCGAAAGAUGGGGACCGAGAGCUUGACUCUAAAAUGGACACCGAAUCUUUCCCACAUUGCUCACGUCAAAGGAAAAGACACUAUCCGCGUCGUCGAUUUCUACCCUAGGAGUUUGAGCAGCAGUAAAUCUACACGGUCUUUCCAGAUACCGGAAUGGACACAGCUGGGUGCUCGGUUAGAUGAGACCAGGUUUCAUAUCCGCAACGAGGAACAGAAGGUUCUUGGAGAUUUACGAGAAGACGUAGUUCGAAAUAUCGUCAAACUUCGACGUAACGCAGCUGUGUUGGAUGAAUUGGAUGUUGCUUGCGCGUUCGCGUUGCUCGCAAUCGAGAAGAGCUUUGUCCGACCACUUCUGAACGCUGGGACCUCUCACAAUGUCGUUGGCGGCAGACAUCCUGUGGUCGAGACAGGCCUCAUUGACCAGGGUCGCAAGUUUGCCCCGAACGACUGUCUUCUGGGUGAAAACGAAAGAAUUUGGCUCAUUACGGGCCCUAACAUGGCAGGCAAGAGUACCUAUCUCCGGCAAAACGCGCUCAUCUCCAUUCUGGCCCAGACUGGAUCGUUUGUACCUGCCGCAUACGCCGAGAUUGGUCUUGUUGAUAAAGUCUUCAGCCGCGUUGGUUCCGCAGAUAACCUAUAUCAAGAUCAGUCUACCUUCAUGGUGGAAAUGCUUGAGACUGCUCAUAUCCUCAAGGAAGCUACGCCACGGUCAUUCGUUAUCAUGGACGAAGUUGGCCGCGGAACCACACCCGAGGAUGGUGUUGCUGUUGGCUACGCAUGUCUACAUCACUUGUACCACACGAAUCAAUGUCGAACUCUGUUUGCGACCCAUUUCCAUGCUCUAACUGAUAUGACGACGGGUUUCGACAAGCUUGCAUGUUAUUGCAAUGACGUUCAAGAGGAGGCCGAUGGCAAAUUUUCUUACGUCCAUCGACUACGUAAAGGUGUCAAUCGACAAAGUCAUGCGCUCAAAGUGGCCCUGGUCGCAGGUUUACCUGUAGAUGCUAUUGCGGUGGCGGCGAGUGUGCUAGAUGACCUUAAACUCGAAGGGGGUGGACAGAUUGGACGCGCCCAGCUGUUACGUUCUUCGGCCGGGUAG